GGGAAGACUUCAGGUAUAAUUCAACAUGGUCAGGCAUUACCUAUAUUUCAGACGAAAACUUCGUGGCCACUGGUGAACGGAAGUUGGUGUUGCCUGAACACAAAAACACGUAUUCCCCGUUAUACAACUCUCUUAGAAGCUUCCCUAAAGGUAUCCGAAACUGCUAAAAUAAAUGUUACAAGUAAAACCAAGUAUUUGAUCAGAGCAGGUUUCUUUUAUGGGAAUUAUGAUGGACAAAAUGAAGUACCCCAAUUUGAGAUACAUCUUGGACCUAACUUGUGGGAUACAGUGAAGUCGGAAGCAACAAAAAUCGAGCUCAUACAUGUCCCUCUGCAAAACUAUGUACAUGUUUGUCUGGUGAAGAAAGGCUCCGGGGUUCCAUUUAUAUCAGUCAUAGAACUCAGGCCAUUAACCGAUGCCUCGUACAAAACAGUGAAAGGGUCCUUAUCACUUCUCUUGCGGAGUGACACUGGUCUAACAGCUGACCGUGAAUACAGGUAUCCAUUUGAUACUCAUGAUCGAAUCUGGGAAUACUUUGACGACCACAGCUCUUGGACAAAAUUAAAUACCUCAUCCACCAUCAAUUCAGAAUUCGAGUAUCAACUACCAUCCGUCGUGAUGGGCACAGCUGCAACGCCGACAAGUUCAAAUGAUUCGUUGAAUAUUUUAUGGGACCCGUAUGAUGACACUGAAGUACAUCAUGUUUACUUGCACUUUGCAGAAGUUGAAAAGCUCCAACCCAAUCAGUCUAGACAGUUCAACAUUACUACAAACGGAGAGCUGUGUUAUGGGACACUUGCUCCUGAUUAUUUGUCCACAACGACAAUAUUGUGCACCGCUAAAUCCCUGAGUGGACCAGGAGUAAACAGUAAUUUUUCAAUUGUUAAGACUGGAAACUCUACCCUUCCACCCAUCCUCAAUGCCUACGAGAUUUAUGGAGUGAAGGAAUUCUUAACAUCAGAUACCAACCAAGACGAUGUUGAGGCUAUCACAAACAUUAAGUCAACGUAUAAUAUUGAAAAUAACUGGCAAGGAGAUCCUUGUAACCCUCAUGUUUACUCAUGGGAUGGUCUAAACUGUAGCUAUCAAGGAAAUGAUCCCCCAAGAAUUAUAUCCUUGAACUUGUCUUCCAGUGGAUUAGAAGGGGAGAUUUCUCCUUCUCUGUCAAAUCUAACAAUGAUACAGACAUUGGAUUUAUCAAACAACAACUUAAGAGGAUCAAUUCCAGAAAUUUUGUCACAACUGCAGAUGUUAAAUGUGUUAAAUUUGGAGAAUAACAACCUCACAGGCUCAAUGCCGGUGGUACUCAUUGACAGAUGGAAGGAUGGUUUACUAUCAUUAAGUUCGUGCGAAAAUCCAAACCUAUCCGGAAAUGUUUCUUGCAACAAGAAGAAGAACAGGAAGUAUAAUUUUUUUGUUCCGAUAAUAAGUGUUUUGGUUGUUGCACUGUCAGUCCUCUUACUCAGUGCAGCAGCUAUCUGGUGUCGGAUUACUUAUAGGAGGAAAAGGCAACUUGGAAAUAGCACAGAUGCAAAUGUAGUCAUUCAGCAUGGGUCAUUUGAGCGAAAAGGGAGACAGUUUACGUACUCUGAGAUAGUACAGAUUACAAGGGGGUUCAAGAUGGUUCUUGGAAAAGGCGGCUUUGGAACAGUUUAUCACGGCCACAUAGACGACACUCAGGUAGCUGUCAAGAUGCUUUCACGGUCAUCAGUGCAAGGGUUUCAGCAAUUUCUCACAGAGGUUGAUCUUCUUAUGAGAGUUCAUCAUAGAAAUUUGACAAGUCUUGUUGGAUAUUGCAAUGAUGAAACCAAUAUAGGGCUGAUCUACGAGUACAUGGCCAAUGGAAACCUACGAGAACAUCUUUCAGGUAGCAGAUCAAAUAUCUUGAGUUGGGGAGAUAGACUUCAAAUAGCAAUAGAAGCUGCACAAGGACUGGAGUAUUUGCACUAUGGAUGCAGUCCGCCUAUAAUCCACAGGGAUGUGAAAUCAACAAACAUCUUGCUGAAUGAAAAAUUCGAAGCCAAACUAUCUGAUUUUGGCAUAUCCAGAAGUUUCCCUACAGAGGAUGGAACGCAUAUAACAACAAAUAUCGCUGGCACUCCCGGGUACCUUGACCCUGAGUAUUACGCAUCAUACAGAUUGAAUAAAGAAAGUGAUGUUUAUAGCUUUGGCAUUGUACUGUUGGAGAUUAUCACAAGUCGACCUGUUUUUUCUAGAACGCAUGAGCGGAGUUACAUUAGUGAAUGGUUCAGUUUCAUGCUUCAAAAAGGAGACAUUUACAGUCUUGUUGAUCCGAGGUUAGAAGGAAAUUUCUGUACGAACUCAGUCUGGAAAGCUGUGGAAAUAGCAAAUGCAUGCGUAUCUCCAACUGCCAUCAAAAGGCUAAGCAUGAGUCAGGUAGUGGUGGAUCUAAAGGAGUGCUUGGCAACAGAACUCGCUCAAACAAACCAGAGGGAUGAAACUGAACUAAGAAAUUCCAUUGCUAUGCUACACCCCUCAGUUAGGUAGUAGUACUAAAUAUCUAACCAAACAAAGAGAAAGUUUGGGAUGCAUUAUUUUCUUCUUUGUGAUAGAUACAAUAGUUUUUGUAUGGAUUGCAAUUUGCAACUAUUUCCAAUCUCAUCAGGUUCAUCUUUUCGUGCGAAAGGAGAUAAUGAAGAUAUGAUCUAAACAACUAUUAUGUUGUUUGCCAUUGAA